AUGAAUGCAUCCGCAUCGCCGCUCCGUACCCUGCACGAACACUAUGUCCUACUGGCUGAUCCCCGUACGCGGACGUGGUUCUUUAUGGGCAGUCCGCUACCCGUGAUGGCGUUCAUCUGCUUCUAUCUGGUUUUUGCCACGCGAGUUGGGCCCUGGAUCAUGAGGGAUCGUAAGCCUUUUGAAGUGCGCAGCUUGGUGGUCUUUUACAAUGUCGUCAUGAUAGGACUCAGCGCCUACUUCAUCUACUUCGCUCUCUCGUACGCCUCCAUGCGAAAGCCCGGGCAAAGUGUCUUCUGCUGGGCCACGGACCCUCGUCCGACGGAGGACAACAUGUUCUUCUUGACUCGCGCCUGGUACUACAUGCUCAUGAAGGCCGGCGAGAUGGUGGACACGCUGUUUUUUGUGCUGCGCAAGAAGACAAAGCACCUGAGCUUCCUGCACCUGCUACACCAUUCCCUCGCGCUGUGGUCAGUGUGGCUGGUGCUGACUCUGGGCAUGACGGGUCACGUCUUCUCGUUCCCACUCCUCAACUCUGCUGUGCACGUUGUGAUGUACGGUUACUACGCUCUCGCAGCGCUCGGACCAGCAAUGCGACCGAACCUGUGGUGGAAGAAGUAUGUCACCCUGUUCCAGAUUUUACAGUUCUUGCUUCUCUCGUUGCACGCCCUGAUACCUGCGCUCCUCGACUGUGGCAUAUCCAGGAUACUUGCCCUCGUCGGUUCAUUAGAAGGACUACUUUUCGCGUCUCUCUUUUCGGACUUUUAUAUUAAGACAUACGUUCGCAAGAGUGCGUUGAAAUUAUAGUUAUUCCUUAUAGUGCUACAAAGAAACGAACAUUUCCAACAAUGUUUUUAACUGACAAUUUAGAAUCACACUGAUACUAUAUUGCCAGAAGUUUAGGGGCUCAAAAUAUUGAGCUUAAAUUCAGGGCCUGUAUUCACGAAAAGGCUUCACACCAGAAUUAUUCGUAAUAGUGAA